GCCAGAGAUUCGACGCCAAGCACAGCGUCACCUGGUGCAAGGGAUGAGGCUGCAAAUGAAGCAGAGGCGCAGGUGUACAGCGAAAGAUACUAUCAGACUUGUUGAGUUUCUCCAUCCCUUGCUGAUUUUAUUACAGAUUUCUGGCAACUUCUCUCAAAAUUUAAAAAAUCAAAUCAAGGUUCUGCUGCACGAUUUGAACCUGAAACUCAGAAGCACUGAUGCUACCCAUUGUGCCUCAAGGACCAUCCCUUUCAACGUGCAAUUGACAGUCCAACAUUUGAUUCCCAUUUAUAGUGCACAGAAAAGGAUAUACAUACUGCAAGCAAGGAGGGCGGUAAAGAAAAUUGGGAAAAAAAUGAUUCAGGAUCCAAGUUUAUGGAGGAACUUUAAAAUAGGUGGGGUUUUAUAUAAGAUUAUUGUUACACAAAAGAGAGCAUGGAUUGCUGUUGGAAUCUGCUGGCUUGGAUCUAUUCUGAUUGGACUAACUCCAAUGUUCGGCUGGCACAACAGAAGCAAUGGAGAGGUGCAAAAGGAAGAAAUGAAUUCCAGCUACAAAUACAUCAUGUGCAAAUUUACAAAGGUGAUCAGAAUGGACUACAUGGUGUAUUUUAAUUUCUUUGGAUGGGUACUCUUACCACUAGUCAUCAUGUUUUGCCUGUAUGCUGAAGUAUUUUAUAUAAUUAGGAAGCAACUAAACAAGGUGACAAAUCCUACAGACUCAAGGAAAUAUUUUGGGAAGGAGCUUAAACUUGCCAAAUCCCUCGCUUUAGUUUUAUUCCUGUUUGUUGCCUGCUGGAUCCCUUUGCACGCCAUGAACACUGUAUGGUAUUUUUGCCCCCAGUGCAGUAUUCCAAAAACUGCCUUCUAUGUUGGAAUAUUUCUGUCCCAUGUAAAUUCAGCUGUGAAUCCAGUGAUAUAUGCUUUCAGAAUAAAGAAGUUUAGGACAUCAUUUCUUCAAAUUUGGAAUAAGUAUGUUUUAUGUAAAAAAGGAACCUUAAGUAUGUAUAGUUUUGAUGGCCAAAUUGUAAUGGAAAACAAUUUUAAUAGUAGUGUGUGAUUGUACUUUUGAGGAAAAGACUUGCAUAUUUUUUAAUGUAAUGCAAAGAAAAGUUGUAAUAGAGUUCCAUCACAUAACCCUAAUCUAACGGCAUGAACUGUUAUAUUGCAUGAUGCAAGAAAAUUUAGGACAUUUAUGUUGUGAAUUGUACUCAUUUUCUGUUGUAAACGGGAUUUCAAAACAAAGUACGUCAGAUAACAAUAAACACAAUAAAAGCAA